AUGAAAACCCCCCUUGAAAAAGCCAAAAAAGGGGGUCUGAUUGCACUUUGGUGGUCUGGUGGCCAGUGGGUGGCCAGUGGGUGGCAGUCGGGUGGCAGGGUGGCAGCCCGGUGGUGGAGCGGUGGCUGGUUGGAAAAAAGGGCCGGGAGGGCCACUAGGGCGGUUGGGGAGCGAAGCGGGGGCCAGGGAGGAGGUUGCAUGGCCGGCAGUGGGCUGGGCAGCGGGGGCCGCAGGGAGCCAGAGGCAUGGGGAGCAGAGGGUCGGCGGCUGGGGGCCGGGUGGUGGAGGCCGCAGGUGACGUGGGGAGUGGAGGGCCGGCGGCUGGGGGCCAGGCGGUGGAGGCCGCAAGCGACGCGGGGAGCGGAGGGCCGCAGGCGGCAACGGUGGCAGCAAGGUCGCCAGAGGGAGACCGGAAGGGGGCCGACGAGGGCCUGGUUUCCGGAGCCGGAGCCGGCGGUGCCGGGAGGGGUUGGCCUGACAGGUCCGCAGGGCCAUACGGCGUCGGACUGUCAGAAUAAAGGGAUCAGGUUGAAACUUUUUAAGACUGGGUUAGAAAAGGACACUGCAGGCCUCUUGGGAAAGGGUAUCAGUUAA